UUUCGGCCCGACUUUUGUUUCGGGGAGUUAAGACGAGCUGCACGGACGUAAUUGUAAUUACACUGCCCUUCCACCGUUGACAACUCCCUCCGACCGCCCGGGGACCAGGCAGCUCUAAUGGACUCUGGAAGUGAUGAUGUUAGGUGGAAUCUGCAGCACGUGAAGAGUUGCCAGUUGUUACGGCAUUAAGAAAACAAAUCUGUAAUGGCUAAAGGGUUAUCUUAUGAUGAGGCUUUUGCUAUGGCUAAUGACCCCUUGGAAGGCUUCCAUGAAGUAAACCUUGCUUCACCUACUUCUCCAGACCUUCUUGGUGUGUGUGAAUCAGGAACUCAAGAGCAGACUACCUCACCAAGUGUCAUCUAUCGGCCACAUCCUUCAGCUCUGUGCUCUGCUCCUAUUCAGGCUAAUGCCUUAGAUGUUUCCGACCUUCCCACACAACCUGUCUAUUCAUCCCCCAGACGUUUAAAUUGUGCAGAAAUAUCUAGUAUCAGCAUCCAUGUUACAGAUCCAGCGCCUUGUUCUACCUCUGGAGUCACAGCUGGAUUAACUAAAUUAACUACCAGAAAGGACAACUGUAAUGCAGAGAGGGAGUUUUUACAGGGUGCUACUAUAACAGAAGCUUAUGAUGGCAGUGAUGAUAUUUUUGGGUUGAGUACUGAUAGUCUGUCCCGUUUACGAAGCCCAUCUGUUUUGGAAGUCAGAGAAAAGGGCUAUGAAAGAUUGAAAGAAGAACUUGCAAAAGCUCAGAGGGAACUGAAGUUAAAAGAUGAAGAGUGUGAAAGGCUUUCUAAAGUACGAGAUCAACUUGGACAGGAAUUGGAGGAACUCACAGCUAGUCUGUUUGAGGAAGCUCAUAAGAUGGUGAGAGAAGCAAAUGUCAAGCAGGCAGCCGCAGAGAAACAGCUAAAGGAAGCACAAGGAAAAAUCGAUGUCCUUCAAGCUGAAGUAGCUGCAUUGAAGACACUUGUCUUGUCCAGUUCUCCAACAUCACCUACACAAGAGCCUCUGCCAGGUGGAAAGACACCUUUUAAAAAGGGGCAUACGAGAAAUAAAAGUACAAGCAGUGCUAUGAGUGGCGGUCAUCAGGACCUCAGUGUGAUACAGCCAAUUGUAAAAGACUGCAAAGAGGCUGACUUAUCUCUGUAUAAUGAAUUCAGAUCUUGGAAGGAUGAUCCUACAAUGGAUAGAUCGUGUCCUUUCUUAGACAAAAUUUAUCAGGAAGAUAUCUUUCCAUGUUUAACAUUCUCAAAAAGUGAGUUGGCUUCAGCUGUUCUGGAGGCUGUGGAAAACAAUACUCUAAGCAUUGAACCGGUGGGAUUACAACCUGUUCGAUUUGUGAAAGCUUCUGCAGUCGAAUGUGGAGGACCAAAAAAAUGUGCUCUAACUGGCCAGAGUAAGUCCUGUAAACACAGAAUUAAAUUAGGGGACUCAAGCAACUAUUAUUAUAUUUCUCCUUUUUGCAGAUACAGGAUCACCUCUGUAUGUAACUUUUUUACAUACAUUCGAUAUAUUCAGCAGGGGCUCGUGAAACAGCAGGAUGUUGAUCAGAUGUUUUGGGAAGUUAUGCAGUUGAGAAAAGAGAUGUCAUUGGCAAAGCUGGGAUAUUUCAAAGAGGAACUCUGAUGCUCUGCCUGGGACCAUGCUUGAACCUCCCUGAAUACCUGGAAAAUGGCUGAAUAUUUUUAUGGUUACUUGAUAUUUAUUUCCGAGGAGUGGGCCCAAGACUUUUUCCCUCUUUUGCAGAUUACACUAAGAAGUACUGUGAUUUCUUUUAAAUUGACCUCUGCUGUGUCUGCUUACUCUUUAGUUGAACACACUAUAAAGAAUUAUAGGUGUACUAGUGAUUGUAAUUUAGAGUUGCAAAAAAAAAAGCUAAAUAAAAUACGUCAA